AAAAAAGUAACAUUUUAUUGGAUGACUAUUCUUCAGGAAUACUUUUAGACUCAUUCUUACAUGUUAAUUUACAAAUAAACAAAUAGAGUGACGGCAAAAAAUAUUAAAAGCUGGUGAACAUUCUGAAUGAUUUCUAAUUUAGAAUAUCCUUUCCAAGUCAAAAGUCCCAAGUCUUAUAAGAAUUAAAAUUGUUUUCAUUUAUGAAAAUUACUGAUAUGGGAAAAUUGUUUUAUGAGACAUUUCAGUAGUAAAUUUAACAUCGUUAAGAUUCUAAUUGAACUAAAAACAUUGAGCUUAAAUUACUUAUAGAUGAUAAGUUACUUACACUUUUUAAAAAUUCUGUGUUUAGUUUUAAAUAUUUGGGGGGAUUCUGUAAGUGUGAUGACAUUUCAAACUUUUGUCUUUUCCUGAGCUAUCAAACUCUUUGAAUUGUUUUAAGUAUUAAGACGGACUGGUGUCAAGAAAGGUACUUUCUUUCAAGAUGGAUGUUUACGCAUGCAAAAUACUUUGAGGGUUUUUGCAAUUUCGUUUCUUAAGUCUUCCCUUCUUCAAAUCGCAAUUUAAAUCGGAGCCAGAAUCCCCUUUUCCGUUCAAUAGCUGAGCGCUGGUGGCCCAUUGGAAAAGAUGAAGGCUUUACUUUGUCAACCAUGUGUUUAAGGAACACUAGCGCUUUCCCCAGAUCUUCUGGCCGAUAAUCUCAAACAUGGAGGAUGCUUCUGAUUCUUCACGAGGGGUUGCUCCAUUAAUUAAUAAUGUAGCUCUCCCAGGCUCUUCGCCCUCUCUUCCUGUAUCAGUGACAGGCUGUAAAAGUCAUCCAGUAGCCAAUAAAAAGGUAGAAGCGAGAAGCGAAAAGCUCCUCCCCACUGCUCUUCCUCCUUCAGAGCCGAAAGUAGCUCAGAAACUUCCCGGGAGCGCGGAGAGGCGGGGAAGUGCCGGCGGGACGAGAUCCCCGCGCCGAGCCCGGCAGUGGCAGCGCGAGCGGCGGCGGCGGCGGCGGGGAGAGACUCCGGGGCGGGGCGGGCCGGGCCGGACCCUCGCGGCGUUCCUCGUGGGAAGGUGCGGCGGCGGGCAAGUGCUCGCAGGGACGCGGGCGGACGCGCGCAGCCCGGAGAUGCCGCUGCUUCACCGAAAGCCGUUCGUGAGGCAGAAGCCGCCGGGGGACCUGCGGCCGGACGAGGAAGUUUUCUACUGUAAAGUCACCAACGAGAUCUUCCGCCACUACGAUGACUUUUUUGAACGAACCAUCCUGUGCAACAGCCUUGUGUGGAGCUGCGCUGUGACAGGUAGACCUGGGCUGACCUAUCAGGAAGCACUUGAAUCAGAAAGAAAAGCAAGACAGAAUCUCCAGAGUUUCCCAGAACCACUAAUUAUUCCAGUUUUAUACUUGACCAACCUUACUCAUCGCUCACGCUUACAUGAAAUUUGUGAUGAUAUCUUUGCAUAUGUCAAGGACCGGUAUUUUGUUGAAGAGACUGUGGAAGUCAUUAGGAACAAUGGUACAAGGCUGCAGUGUAGAAUCUUGGAAGUCCUCCCUCCAUUACAUCAAAAUGGUUUUGCUAAUGGACACAUGAACAGUGUUGAUGGAGAGACUAUUGUCAUCAGUGACAGUGACGACUCAGAAACACAAAGCAGCUCUUUUCAACAUGGGAAGAAGAAAGAUACAAUUGAUCCCUUAUUAUUCAGAUACAGGGUACAGCCCACUAAAAAGGAGAUUUAUGAGUCAGCUGUUGUUAAAGCAACACAAAUCAGCCGGAGAAAACACCUAUUUUCUCGUGAUAAACUAAAGCUUUUUCUCAAGCAACACUGUGAACCACAAGAUGGAGUCAUUAAAAUUAAGGCAUCAUCUUUUUCAACAUAUAACAUAGCAGAGCAAGAUUUUUCUUAUUUCUUCCCUGAUGAUCCACCAACAUUUAUCUUCAGUCCUGCUAACAGACGAAGAGGAAGACCUCCCAAACGAAUAUCUUUUGGUCAGGAAGACAACAUUGUUAGUAAGCAGACUAUUGCAAGAUGUCGGAGCAAAGCUAUUAAAGAAAGAGACAAGCUUUUGAAACAAGAAGAAAUGAGGGCACUGGCUUUUGAAAAGGCUAAAUUAAAACGAGAAAAAGCAGAUGCUUUGGAAGCAAGAAAAAGAGAAAGGGAAGAUAAAGAGAAAAAGAGGGAAGAAUUGAAGAAAAUUGUAGAAGAAGAGCGACUAAAGAAAAAAGAAGAAAAAGAGAGACUUAAAAUAGAAAGAGAAAAGGAAAGAGAGAAAUUGCGUGAAGAAAAGCGAAAAUAUAUGGAAUACUUAAAGCAGUGGAGUAAACCCAGAGAAGAUAUGGAAUGUGAUGACCUUAAGGAACUUCCAGAACCAACGCCCGUGAAAACUAGACUACCUCCUGAAGUCUUUGGUGAUGCUCUGAUGGUUUUGGAGUUCCUUAAUGCAUUUGGGGAACUUUUUGAUCUUCAAGAUGAGUUUCCUGAGGGAGUAAGUUUAGAAGUGUUAGAGGAAGCUCUUGUAGGAAAUGACAGUGAAGGCCCACUGUGUGAAUUGCUUUUUUUCUUCCUGACUGCAAUCUUCCAGGCGAUGGCUGAAGAAGAGGAGGAAGUAGCCAAAGAGCAGAUAACUGAUGCUGACACCAAAGAUCUAACAGAGGCUUUGGAUGAGGACGCAGACCCCACAAAAUCUGCACUGUCUGCAGUUGCAGCCUUGGCCGCUGCAUGGCCACAGUUACACCAGGGCUGCAGUUUGAAAAGCUUGGAUCUUGAUAGCUGCACUCUUUCUGAAAUCCUCAGACUGCACAUCUUAGCUUCAGGUGCUGAUGUGACAUCAGCAAAUGCAAAGUACAGGUACCAGAAACGAGGAGGGUUCGAUGCUACGGAUGAUGCCUGCAUGGAGCUUCGACUGAGUAAUCCCAGUCUGCUGAAGAAACUGUCCAGCACGUCUGUGUAUGAUUUGACACCAGGAGAAAAAAUGAAGAUACUUCAUGCUCUCUGUGGGAAGCUACUGACCCUAGUUUCUACUAGGGAUUUCAUUGAAGAUUAUGUUGAUGUAUUACGACAGGCCAAGCAGGAGUUCCGAGAGCUCAAAGCAGAACAGCACCGUAAAGAGAGAGAAGCCACAGCUGCUCGAAUACGUAGAAGGAAGGAAGAAAAACUUAAGGAACAAGAACAGAAAAUGAAAGAGAAACAAGGAAAACUGAAGGAAGACGAACAGAGAAGUUCAGCUGCAGAUCUAGGGGAAGAAGGAAGGGAAGAUUUUGAUACUAGUACUGAGAGCAAAGAAAUAGAGCGGAAAGAUCUGGAUCCUGAUGUGGUUACUGAAGAUGAAGAUGACCCAGGAUCACAUAAAAGGAGCAGAAGAGGGAAAGUGGGACAAACUGCAGUUAAACAAUGUAUAAAGCAAGAAGAGAUGAACUACUGUAUAAAGCAGGAGCCUCUGACUGCCGAUGCAGAAGAAGCUUUGAGACAGGAGCACCAACAGAAAGAGAAAGAACUCCUGGACAAGAUCCAGAGUGCCAUCGCCUGUACUAACAUCUUCCCUCUGGGGCGCGACCGCUUGUACAGGCGGUACUGGAUCUUCCCUUCUAUUCCCGGUCUGUUUAUAGAAGAGGAUUAUUCAGGUCUUACUGAAGACAUGUUGUUACCUAGGCCUUCAUCAUUUCACAAUAAUGUGCAGCCUCACGAUCCUCAGGUAUCCAUUAAAACUGAAGAGUCCUUCAUGUCUGAAUCUACCUCCAGCCUCGACCAAGGUCCACUCGAUGAUUCUGUGCUGCUGCCAAAACCAGUGCAUAAGCCAAACAGGUGGUGCUUUUACAGUUCUCGUGAGCAGCUAGAGCAGCUCAUUGAAGCGCUCAACUCCAGAGGACACAGAGAAAGUGCCUUAAAAGAGACCUUGCUGCAGGAGAAGAGCAGAAUAUGUGCACAGCUCGCUCACUUCUCUGAAGAGAAAUUCCAUUUCUCGGACAAACCUCAGGCUGAUAGCAAACCUGUUUCUUCUCGGGGACGAUCAUCUGGUGUGUGUGACACAUCACAGAUGUCUGCAGAGAGGCAGCUUGAGCUGAGGCUCAGAGACUUUCUCUUGGAUAUUGAGGACAGAAUCUAUCAAGGGACUCUAGGAGCCAUCAAGGUUACAGAUCGACAGGUCUGGAGAUCGGCCCUGGAGAAUGGACGAUAUGAGCUGUUAAGUGAGGAGAGCAAGGAAAAUGGACUUAUUAAAACUGUGAAUGAAGACGAGGAGAUGGAAGUCGAACAAGCAAGGGUCAUAGUAAGAGACAGACUUUUGGGGAUUAAAACAGAAACUCCAAGUGCCAUCUCAACUAGUACCAGUACACCACAGUCAGUGAGCAGUGUGGUUCAUUACCUGGCCCUGGCACUCUUUCAGAUUGAGCAGGGCAUUGAACGGCGUUUCCUCAAGGCCCCACUUGAUGGCAGUGACAGCGGACGUUCUUAUAAAACUGUCCUGGACCGUUGGAGAGAGUCUCUCCUUUCCUCUGCUAGUCUAUCCCAAGUCUUUCUUCAUUUAUCAACCUUGGAUCGUAGUGUGAUGUGGUCUAAGUCCAUACUGAACGCACGUUGCAAGAUCUGCCGGAAAAAGGGAGAUGCCGAGAACAUGGUGCUCUGUGACGGCUGUGACCGGGGGCACCACACCUACUGUGUCCGGCCAAAGCUCAAGACUGUUCCUGAUGGAGACUGGUUUUGUCCAGAAUGUCGACCAAAGCAACGUUCUAGAAGACUUUCCUCUAGACACAGACCAUCCUUGGAAAGUGAUGAAGAAAUGGAAGAGGGUGUGGAAGGUGCUGAUGAGGAAGUGGAUGACGAUGAUGAAGAGGGUCAAAGUGAGGAGGAAGAGUACGAGGUGGAGCAAGAUGAGGAGGACUCUGACGAAGAGGAAGCACUCAGCCCACCAAAACGAGGAAGACCCCAAGUUAGAUUGCCAAUUAAAACAAGAGGGAGAUUUGGCCCUUCUUUCUCAAGUCGCAGCCAACGACAAGACCCUGGAAGAUACCCUUCAAGGAGUCAGCAGAACACACCCAAAACCACUGCUUCUAAACCUGCUGGCAGAAACCUCAGGAAAACCAGAUCUGCUCCUCCCACGGAAAGUCGAUCUCUAAGAGUUGGCAGUCGCUCCACCCGCCACAGUCCUAAUGCACUGCAAGCAGAUGUGUUUGUGGAACUGCUUAGUCCUCGUGGGAAACGCAGAGUAAGGAAGAGUGCUGAUAAUACCCCAGAACACAGUCCCAGCUUCACUAACUUCAGGGUCAGCACCUCAAGAUCAAGCGGACAGCUGAUACCUUUAAAUUCUGCUGAAAGACUUUCUCUCCAGGAUAGUGAGUCUAAGAGAAGAGGCAGGAAAAGACCAUCUACAGAGUCAUCUCCUGUACCACUGAAUCGAAGAAGUUCUGGCCGACAAGGAGGUGUCCAUGAAUUGUCUGCUUUUGAACAACUUGUUGUGGAACUGGUACGGCAUGAUGAUAGCUGGCCCUUUCUGAAACUUGUUUCUAAAAUCCAGGUCCCAGACUACUAUGACAUCAUUAAGAAGCCCAUUGCCUUAAAUAUAAUUCGAGAAAAAGUAAAUAAAUGUGAAUAUAAAUUAGCAUCUGAGUUUAUUGAUGAUAUUGAGUUAAUGUUUUCAAACUGCUUUGAAUACAACCCUCGGAACACAAGUGAAGCGAAAGCUGGAACUCGGCUUCAAGCAUUUUUUCAUAUUCAAGCUCAAAAGCUUGGACUCCAUGUCUCACCCAGUGAUGUGGACCAGGUUAGCAUGCCACUCGCUGCAAAGAAGUCACGGAUCUAAUUUUGUCCUUCUAAAGGCUAUACGUGAAGAAAAACAUGAAUCGUUCAUGAAAAUGGAACAUUAAAUCAUGCUCUAAAGCAGAUACGUGUAUAAAGCAAUAACAGCUGGUUGAGCACAUCCAAGUGUGGCCUGCACUAUAUUCUCAAUUUACUAUAAGCACUCAGGAGAAUGUAGGAAAGACUUCCUUUGCUACAGUUUUUGUUCAGUAUCUACUAAGUUUUAUAGAUGUAUUGGGUACAGCACUGGUUUACAGAGGCUUUUGUACAUUUUGAAUCAUUCAUGUGUUCAGGUAUCUUGGAAAAUAUUUUUUCAUCUAUGAUUUAUUUUGUCAUUGAGCUUUAGGGGUUUCAGUAGUAAGGAGGCUUUGUCUCCACAGUGAGUCUUCCAGACCACAGCUUAGAGAAUGUGUCCUAAGACUGUUUAUGAGCACAUGGUUUCAACACUACACGUGAAUGAAUUCAACUCUCUAGCUCUGAUGUGCUGUAGCCAGUGCCGACUGAAUUUAUUAACUAGAUAUUUAUUUAGCAUUCAAAGUCAUUUGUGAAUUUGUUUUGUAUUUAUAAAAUUUAUACUUGGAAAAUGUUCUUUAAUUUUUUUAAACAUUUGACUAUGUUUUUGUUUUAUUUCUCGACCAGUCUUAAUGAUUUAAAAAUAAAAAUGUCACCCUCUCUAACAGUUCUGUUUUACAAUGAUAAGUUUCUGUGUACAACUUUUCUAAGUGUGCAAAUAAAAUGAUACAUUUUUUCAAGU